AUGUGCCGAGGAGAUAUAUCAAUAGAUCUUGCUUUAACAUAUGACGUGAUUCUUGGGGCAUUUGGUGACUGGAUUGCGAUAUCGAUGCAAUGUGCCACUGGACCAAAUACACGACAAGCAACGACUCAUAUGGUUACGUCGUCUGAAGUGAUAAUUAUAUCUGCUUCACAUUGCUGGAUUCUUUCCGCCCGUGUAAUAUCAAGCCGCAAAAAUGUCACCUUCAAUCUCCGUUCUAGCGCAGCUCAGGCAGAAAACGAGUUUGAUACCUAUGACGAAGGCGCGGCAGCGAGUAAAACUAAAGAAAGAAAGCUCCUUGUUGAACCUCUGCAAUAUGGCGGAACGCUUGAUUCUUAUCGUUACUUCGACGUUACGCCAGUAAUCGGGCGUGAGUUUCCCGAAGCCCAACUGAACAAAAUUCUCAAAGACGACGCCCAAAUUCGAGACUUAGGCAUCACUAUUGCACAACGUGGUGUGAUCUUUUUCCGAAACCAGGAUCUCACUGUCGAACAACAAAAAGCCCUCGGCCAGAAACUUGGUGAGCUCACAGGGAAACCAUCAACAUCAAAGCUUCAUAGGCAUGCUGUUAUUCACAGCAAGCGGGGCGUGGCUGUCGACGAGCAAGGGAAUCGAGACGAUGAAAUCUCCGUUAUAUCCUCUGAGCAAAACAAGAAAUUUUAUAACGGCCUUUUCACUGUCAACUCUGGAAAGAUUGCUAGUCAUGGAUGGCAUGCCGACAUCUCUUUCGAGAAUGCCUCUUCGGAUUAUACUCUUCUGAAGAUUAUCACUCUUCCGGAAGAAGGGACUGGCGGCGAUACUCUGUGGGCAUCAGGGUAUGAAGCAUAUGAUCGACUAUCCCCUGCAUUCAAAAAGCUAGCGGAAAGCCUUAAAGCCGUUCAUUCUCAGCCGUACUUCCGUACCCUCGUAGAGAAGCAUGGACUAGAACUUAUCGAGGAAAAUCGUGGAUCCCCCGAAAAUAGAGGGACAGAAUUUUGGGCUUCCCACCCGGUAGUGCGGACGAACCCAGUAACAGGGUGGAAAAGCUUGUUUGCUUCUGGAUCACAAAUUCGUUCUAGCGGAUUUGAAGGCGUAACAGAACGCGAGAAUGAGAUACUAAAAUUAUAUUUCCUGCAGCUGAUUGCUGAGAAUCAUGACCUCCAAGUUCGCUUCAAAUGGGGUUUAAAUGACGUAGCAAUUUGGGAUAACCGAUCUGCCUUCCAUACUGCGACAUACGACUACUAUGGCAAACGUCAAGGAAAUAGGGUUGUUUCUGUUGGAGAGAAAGCGUAUUUCGAUCCGAGCUCCACAUCCCGUCGUGAAGCUUUAUUUGGGCAAGAUGGAUUGUGA